AUGGCGACCGUUUCCCUCCUCAAUGUGACGGUGCGAAAUAACCCCGCGGCCUUCAACUCGCCCUACGAGUUCGAAAUCACCUUUGAAUGUCUGGAACCGCUUCAAAAGGAUCUGGAGUGGAAGCUUACCUAUGUCGGAUCCGCCACAUCCUCCGAACACGACCAAGAGCUCGACUCGCUACUGGUGGGCCCAAUCCCCGUCGGCGUGAACAAAUUCAUCUUCGAGGCCGAUCCGCCCAACACUGCACGCAUCCCCGGUACCGACAUUCUCGGCGUCACCGUCAUUCUGCUCUCUUGCUCCUACGAUGAGCGUGAGUUCGUCCGCGUUGGCUAUUACGUCAACAACGAGUAUGUGGAUCCUUCCAUGAACGAAGAGCCCCCGGCGAAGCCCGAAAUGGACAAGAUCCGUCGCAAUAUCCUGGCCGAUAAGCCCAGGGUCACACGCUUCCAGAUCAAGUGGGAUUCCGAGGAAAGUGCACCCAGUGAAUUCCCUCCGGAACAGCCCGAUGUAGAUGCUCAGGAGGAUGACGGCGCCACCUAUGGUGCCGAAGAAGAAGACGAAGAGGAAGGGGCGGUCGAGGUGGAGGAGGGAGCAGCAGUGGCAGCGAAAGCAGAGGGAGAGGAUGUGGAUAUGGAAGGUGCCGACAAUAGCAACACAAACAACACCAAGGACGAGGGCGAAGAGUCCGACGCCGGAAGCGAAGAUCUCGAAGCCGAGAGCGAAGAUGAGGAUGAGGAAGAUCUGGAGGAGGAGGAAGCAGAGGGAGACGACAUGGAGAUGGAUGAGCCCGUCCAACAGCAACCGCAAGAGCAGCAGCAGCAGCRAGCACCCGAUGUGAUGGUUCGCUAG